AUGGAAGAAAUAAAUUGUGAGGGUAAGCAAGAGAGAUACAACGAGAUGGUGCUUGAUGCAAUUGGUAUUACCAAUAUGGAAGAUGCUGAACAAGAGCCUAACUUGAAGACGGCCUUUUAUAAGAAAUAUUUCCCUGAGUCUGCAAGGGAAGCGAAGGAAAUGGAACUCAUGCAGUUGAAGCAAGGUUCUCUAUCUGUGACGGACUACACAAGCAACUUUGAGGAACUCUGUAGGUUUUCUAGGGUAUGUCAGGGUGCCCCAGAGACUUAUGAGAGUUGGAAGUGUAUUAAAAACCAAAGGGGGCUGAUGGACAACAUUAUGACUGCUGUGGCUCCAAUGGACAUUCGUACUUUUUCUGACUUGGUGAACAAGGCGAGAGUGGUGGAAGAGUAUGCCAAGACGGUAGCUUCGCCCAAGGAAACACACGGAGGAUGUUCUAGUCGAGGACGUGUCAAGCAUUUCCAUCCGAGGGGUCAAAGUUUCAAGAGAGGAGGAUAUCCACAUCAACGGCAAGGAGGCUUUAGAAAGAACAAUCAGAAUCAGUUUCAGUAUGCUAAAGGGAGAGGAAAUCAGAGUGGUUGCUUCAAUUAUUGGUUUCCUGGGCACAUUGCGAGGGAUUGCACUUGUGGGAGGAACCAGAAUGCGGGUCAGGGUCAGCAUCAAGGUCGUGUCUUUGCUGUGAACGCCAAGGAUGCUUCCAAGGUGGAUCCUUUGAUGAGAAGUAUAUGUCUAAUUGGUGAUAAAAUAUUAAUUACAUUAUAUAAUACUGGAGCAUCGCAUUCGUUUAUUUCUUUUGCUAAGGUUGAGGAACUAAGCUUGAAAGUGUCAGAUUAG